GGUUCAUUCAAACACUGUACGUUACGUAGAACUGUCGACAAAUUUCCCCCAAAUACACGACGUAAGGGGGAAAAAGCGACAUUUCCCCUAAAUAACCGACGUAAAGGCGAAAAAACGACAUUUCCCCGUUAUUUCCCCUUUCGUCCGCUUUAUUUCCCCUUUUUCCCUCUUUAUUUCCCCUUUUUGUGUUGCUUGGGAGUUCCAUAAUCCUAUUAGGUAAAAUUUAUAACGUGUAACUUCACAAUUAUUCAACAUUCCUUCCUUUUUUCAUUCGCUUAAUUUUUUCUUCACUAUGAAUAACGCCAACAUUGAUGAAAUUAGGCAAGAAUUUUUCAAAUUGUGUCACGUUUUUAGACACUCAUGUUGUCGUUUGUUCAUCAAAACUCACCACGAUUACUGUCAUAUAAACUUAUGAGAGAAAUUGAAGUUCAAAUCAUUUAAAAUCGCUUGCUACAUAUGGUCUGCAAUGCUUGAAUGUGUCGUGGAAUACCAUAUGAUAUUAAAUGUAUGCCAGAAUUUUAAAAUUCGUUUGAAAUAGCUUUGCCCGCCAAAAUCUCAAUAUUUUAUCACUAUUUGAAGGAUGCUGUUUAUUGUUGAUCUGAUACGUAAUGAAUUUUUAAGUGGUAUUAUUAAUCUGCAUGUCAUGUUUUGAAAUCCUUCAUUUUUGAAAAAUCGCCUUACUUAAAAGGAUUCAUCCAUUAUAUUGUUUCGGAAACUUUACAUUUCAUCAGUUUUGUUUAUGAUCACACUUUUAUCGUGAAAAAAAGUAUGAGUAAGUCUUGAGACUGAAUGUCCUGUAUCGUUUCUGAGUCGCUAUUUGAUAAAUUCAAGUAUCUAGAAUACGGUAUAAGCACCACGAACAUAAAAGUGACUCGCCCUGACGGUGAGCUUGUUUUUGUAAUCUUCGUUGUGAUACGUUAAUUAAAAAUUAUUGGAGUAAUCGCUUUCAUGCCCUUAUACCAUUUAUUUGGGUAGUUGGUACAUUUCAGCAUCUACAAAAAACUUCAAUCUUCCCAGGGAAUGUUUGCAUUUUCUAUAUGAACGUUUUCUUUAUAAUAAUUUAAAAGCCAAUGGUAAAUGAAUCAUUUUGCAUAUUCUUCUCAUUUUUGAAUCUCUAGAAAUGGUUGGUUCCAACUAGUUUUUAAUUUCAUCGUUUUUCCUGCACACACUUUGAAGUGUUAAAUCCCACCAACCUGUAAUCUUUAUAAUGUAGAUAAUGAUUUAACGGUUUUUUCUAUGAAAAUAAGCUGGGUUUUUUUAGUAAGAUUUAUCUGAAGUUAGUAAUUUUCGAUUAAAAAUUAAUUUUCUUACUCACAAAAACAUUCAGCAUAAAAUUCUUAUAUUCAAUAUUUAACAUUAAACAUUUGACUCACAAGCAUUUUUAUGUAUAUUUCUUUCUUCGGUGGUAUUUAGGUCCUUGUGUCAUGUAAGUUUUGCAACACAUCAAUAAAUUUGUCUAACAUUAGGACUACUCCAGUAGCCGCCAACUAUGAAAAUGCAUCUAUGGCAGCAGAUUAUAUUAAAUCAGUGUCAAACGUAUUACCAGAUAUUGGAAUUAUAUGUGGUAGUGGUCUCAGUAAAUUAGUCGAAGAGAUAGAAGAACGUAAGACAAUCCCUUACAUAAAUAUACCAAACUUCCCAAAAACAACCAGUUAGUUUUUUUAACGUUUUUAUACACAAAUAUCAGUUGCUGGACAUGUCGGAAACUUAGUGCUUGGAAGUCUUGGUGGUCGCAAAGUAGUUGCAAUGCAAGGGAGAUUUCAUAUGUAUGAAGGAUAUUCAAACGGAGAAAUUGCACUUCCUAUUCGAGCCAUGAAGCUCUUGGGAGUUAAAGUUCUUAUGAUUACCAACUUAGCUGGUGGGAUUAAUAGAGAGCUUAAAAGUGGAGAUUUUGUAAUAAUAAAGGGUCAUAUAAAUUUUCCUGGACUUGGGUUAAAUAAUGUGUUGGUUGGACCCAAUCAAGAUGAAUUCGGACCUCGAUUUCCCGACCUAUCUAAUGCUUAUGAUCGUCCUUUGCGACAAUUGGCUUUAAAAAUAGCACAGGAAUACGGUUUUCAGGAUUUGGUUCGCGAGGGUGUUUAUGCUUUUAAUGGUGGUCCUACAUAUGAAACUCCCGAUGAGUCCAAUGUGCUACUCAAGUUGGACUGUGAUGUUGUUGGUAAUUUCAUUAAAUGUUACACUUCAAGGCGUAAAGUAAAAAUUUUUAUCCACCAUAAGUUGGACAAAAUAAUUUGAAAUGGGGGUUUCGCUAUCAAUUGGACAGACUUUAUAUAUAUUUCGAUAGUAGAUUUAUAAAUACAUACCUAUCAAUUUUCAUUUUACCAAACGUUUAUCCUACUUUAAAUUACAGGUACACUUUAAUUGGGAGUCACAAAUGCUUUUCAUUUUUAAAAGCAUAUAACCUACUGAGCCAAAAUCAUUGGUUACGAAACUGUUGUGUGGUUGAAUUACAUGUCGACACCCUGAUUCGUUAUAUCUUACGCUUUGAACUUCAGAGUUGUAAAAUUUCGCUUCCUACUAACAGAUAUGGUUUACAGUACAACUCAUGAAGCUAUGAUACUUUACCCAAUCACAUUGUUGUAUUAUUAGAGCUCCAAUUUGAUUACUUUUACUGCAUAUACAGUAGUUUCUAGUUUAACAUUCGAUUGCUUAAUGCUGUGGUGAAUGAAGAUAUUUGUUUUUUAAUGUCAAAUAACUUUUGCUCACUUGUCUCAACAUAAAUAUGGCAGUCGAUUUCCACUAACCUAGUAAUAUCCAAAAAUUAGUAACAAAAAUAUUACUUACAUUCACUUAUUAACUGAAUUACUAUCUCUACAUUGUGCACAUAAAGUCUCCCUUACGUGUGUUCUGGUGAAUAAACGAACCUAUUCAGACAUAUAUUUUGAGAUUGCGGAAACAUGCAACUCAGCGAUUAUUAAACUUGUUAGCUAAACCGAUUUGAUAUACUAAUUUUGCUAACCACAUACCUGAAUUAAGUUAGUGGUUAAUUGAUGUAGACUACUGCCCAGUUCACUGCAUUUAAAUAUGACCAUCGACCAAAGAAGUUAAGGAUAUGUAAGUCAGUAUAAUUUAUACAUAAUUGUUGCAUCAUCUGUGGAUUAAUUGUUGGCGAAAAAUAAAAUUCUCAUCUUUAGUUUUCUCUCCUACCUUGAGUCAAUUUUUUUCAUUAUCUGCCCAGUUAUAAUAAGUAGCCGCAACAAUGUUUUGUCCAGUUAUAGCAAUAUACCAGUAUGGCUGAGAAAAAAAUCAUCAACCAAAAACGUAGGACCAGUUAUUUAAUUGUGCUAAUACUUGAACUGUACUGACAAAAUUUUUGAAAAAAUUCAAUGCAAACAUCUACUUCAGUUUGAAUAGUCAGAGAGUAUUUCUGGGACUCGUAUAAGUAGUGUGAGCUUAAAGGCCAUUACACUUGCAUGUCACAUUUUUACCGAGUUAAAUUUUAUUUUGUUACAUAUAUGUUGAAAUCAUAUUGAAUGUAUGUCAUAUUUACUAUUUAAAACAUAUUAUAAUGAAUUUAUCACGACACAACUCAUAACUUAUCAUUUUAACUGUUAUUUUAUAGGCAUGAGUACUGUACCAGAAGUAAUAAUUGCAUGUCAUUGUGGAAUCAAAGUGCUUGCUGUCUCACUAAUCGCAAAUAAUAGUAUUUUGGACGCAGAAAAUGAUGUUAGUAUAAAUCACGAAAAAGUUCUAGCUGUGGCUGCGAAACGUGCCGAUCUGUUACAAAUGUGGUUCAAAAAAAUUAUCACCAGAGUUUCAUUAGAUUAAGGUGAAUUUAUUUCGAUAAUUUUUGUCAGUCACUCCAUAAAAUCAUUCCUCGUUCCAAUUACACAUAGAUAAACUAAUUAGACUUCCUCCUGAAACUCAGUUACUUCUCUUUUUCAAUUAGUCAGUUAAAAACCGACAGGUGAACAUCUUGUUAAUACUGUUUGUUAAACGAUAAUACCUUUUUCUUCGCCUUAUAUUGAUAGAAAACAUUCAUUACACUAACUUAUGUUUUUUUCACAAACUUAAUUAAUUUUUUGUUAACCUAUUUAUUUGUUAGUGAUUUGAAAUAACUUUAUUAUAGUUUCAAAAAUAUUUCAGGACACGGAAAAUAAUAAAUUUGGUUCGACUAUGAACUCAUUAGAUAAACAGAGAUUGAGAAUGUAAUACAAAUUAAAUGACUAUAAUGAAACAUGACCCUAAGAAUUUCAGGUUGGUUUUCUAAAACAAUAUACAAUCCCCUACCACAUUACUAACUUUAGUUAGAUAAUCACUGAAAAGCAGGAAUCACAUUCGAUCAGUAAAACUCUAUCAUUCCGAAGAUUAAGUACAUAAUUUAGGAAAUCGAUCAUGGAGUAUUCAGCGGAAAAAUGUAUGUAUUAAAUUACUAUGGGAAAUAAAAAUAACAUAAUCCAUAUUUUUGCAGGGAACAUUCAUGAUACUUGCAAUAUAUGUUCAUAACCUAGCUUAUUAGAAAUGUUCAAAUCUUAAUGUAUAUUUACAAAUAAUUUCUUCUGUUCAAAAUUUUUAACGGAUGGUAGUUUUAAUUCAAGAAUUUUUUUUUCAAUUAAUCACAAUAAAAAUUCAGUCUUCUUAAGAUUUCAUUCAGGUGUUGCUACAAAACUUUCCCCACUACCACACUAUAUGCUGAUAUGGUUAAUACAGAGAUGUUUAAGCAUUAUGAUAUAAAACUAAUCCAGCGGAAGUGGACGGCUGUUUAAUUUUUCUAAAAUACCAGAACCAUAAAUAAUUGUGUUAAACGACCAAGUAUAACCCCUCCCCCAAUAAGUCAUAUUCUUCCCAAAUAUUUCAGUAGACUUUCGUUACUUAUAAGUUCAUUACAUCCAGUUAGACAGUUGAAAGUUCACUUUAUAAUUCUAAGCUGUUAAACGCUUUUUCCAAAACGUAUUUAAAAUACAACUGCCGAUGUAUGAGUAUAACUAUGGUUUUAGCUGAUAUACCAGAUUGUUUCAGGCAUUAUGUUACACUAACGCGCAAUAUGUGAGAACGUUUGUUGAUAAAGACACAUGAUUUAAAGACGAAAUAAGGUUAUUAAUUAUCCAGUAGUAAGUUUAGUAAACAAGAACAUUAAAUGUUAGUGUUUAGAUAUACACGAAACGAAAUAUUUACAAUAAACCUGAUGUAAAAUAAAGUAUAAUAAAUGUUCGUGUCCGGAAAUACAAUGCGGAACGACAAAAAUGUC